AUGGUUAAAGUUACAGUCUGUGGUGCUGCCGGUGGUAUCGGUCAGCCAUUGUCGUUGUUGUUGAAGAUCAACCCCAACGUUGAUGAAUUGUCGCUUUUCGACGUUGUCAACGUGCCAGGUGUUGGUGCCGACUUGUCCCACAUCAAUUCCGACUCUGCCACUGCCUCUUUCUUGCCUUCCUCCAGAGAAGACAAGACUGCCUUGGCUGAGUCCCUCAAGGGUACCGAUCUUGUCAUCAUCCCUGCUGGUGUUCCAAGAAAGCCAGGUAUGACCAGAGAUGACUUGUUCAACAUCAACGCUGGUAUUAUCAAGGGCCUUGCCGAGGGAAUUGCCGAGCACGCACCAAAGGCGUUUGUGCUUGUGAUUUCCAACCCUGUCAACUCCACCGUUCCAAUUGUGGCCGAGACCUUGAAGCAAAAGGGUGUCUACGACCCAAAGAGAUUGUUCGGUGUCACCACUUUGGACAUUGUCAGAGCUAACACUUUCAUUGCCCAAGCUGGUAAGGCCAAGGCCUCCCAAUUCAACGUCAACGUCAUUGGUGGCCACUCUGGUGAAACCAUCGUGCCAUUGUACUCCAUUGGUGCUUCCAAGUCAUACUACGAGAAGUUGUCUGCCGAAGAGCAAAAGGCUUUGAUCCACAGAGUGCAAUUCGGUGGUGACGAGGUUGUUCAGGCCAAGAACGGUGCUGGUUCCGCCACUUUGUCCAUGGCCUACGCUGGUUACAGAUUGGCUGAGUCUAUCUUGAAGGCCCUCACCUCCUCGGAAGAGGUUGUUGAAUGUACCUUCUUGGACUUGGACUCUUCCAUCAAGGGUGCUGCUGAAGCCAAGAAGUUGGUCAAGGGAUUGGACUUCUUCUCCUUGCCUGUUAAGUUGGGCAAGGCUGGUAUUGAAGAAGUCAAGUACGACGUUCUCAACCAAGUCAGUGACGACGAAAAGAAGUUAUUGGAAGUUGCCAUUGACCAAUUGUCCAAGAACAUCGAAAAGGGUGUUGCUUUCGCUCAAAAGUAA